UCACCAAGAGCUAUUUCUCCUUUGUUUUAUCCAGCGUGUGUUUUAUGGACGGUGGCUUAUUUACAUAACUUCAAAUGAGCGGAAAGCGGCUUAAGCCGUUUUCUUUCGACGCUACUUUUGUAGACAAAAGUGGAAAGAAAUCGAGGAAAACUUUUUCGCUAACGGCGGAAUCCACGCUUCGUACCCCACGAACCUGUUCAGUUGAAAAUGAACAACCUGAGAUCGUCGAACCUUUCUCGUUUGAGGAGUUUAGUGAGAGCGGUUCUGGUCUAUCUUCGUACGAGAAAAGACAUAUCGCCAACAUCCAGAAAUGGGACAACAUAAGAAGACAGUUGUUUGAUUCUUAUGUGGAGGAAUGCUGUUUUCCGACUGACACAACAUGUGUUUACUGCCUCCAAGAACCAGCAACACUGCGAUGUCAAUAUUGUGGCCCCAAGCAGUACUUCUGCCUUGAAUGUGCUAAUAUUUUGCACAGUGUGAGGAACCAUUUUCAUGUUUUGGAAAAAUGGAAGGAGGGGAUGUUCACCCCUUAUGUGGUCAACGGAUUACCAUUAGGUUUCCAAUGCAACUGUGGAUCUGCUGAAGCAAGAGACAUUGUGUGUAUUGAUGAGCACGGCAAUCAGUAUUCAAAAAAAGUUUGGUUUUGUAACUGCUAUCACCCAACCACAACACUAAUAAAGAACAACUUGUGGCCAGCAUCUCCUGAUAAACCUGCCACAGCCUUCACAUUUUAUUUAAUGGAUCUGAUGGAAACAGUGUUCUUGCACUGCAAAGUUUCCCUCAGAGAAUUUUGUGAAGCCGUUGAACUGUUAAGGCCCUCGUUACAACCAAGAAUGGUUUUUUCAAUAUAUCAACUCCUAAAUCAAGCAUCUUUUGAAGAGUACAGGUACUUCAAGUAUCAAAUUAAGAAAAUGACUCAGUGCUUCCCAGACCUCUGGAAUGGUACAGUUUGUCCGCUUUGUCCAAAGGAAAAUGGAAUUUUGAUAGAGAGCAUGGAUGCAUGCUUUGGUCUUUCCAGGAAGAAAUGCCAGGGACUGAAAUCAAUAGGAGUUCCAAAACAUGGACAGCUGAUGUUUGCAGACCAAGAUGAUGUUGACAAUUUUGUAAAUGGCUACUGUGAACGUGCUUCUGAGGUUUCAAAGGACUGCAGCUCAUUUCAUGCUGGUGAACUUGCAAGCUCCAUUAGAUCAAAAGGAAAGAAUAAACUUUUUGAUGAGAAAGGAGUCUUUGGUCGUGUCUGCAGACAUGACUUCCCCAAAGGAUUUCAUAGCAUCAAACAUGGUGAAAGGAUUGGUUAUCCACUUUACGAGGUUAAGCGCUUUCUUGACGAGAACAAUAAAAGUCUAAAGUUUGUCAUGCUCUAUGACAUUGCAUGCAUAUUGUCCUCACAUAUGAAGAAAAAUGCACAAGAAUUACUGUUCAACCCAACCCAGUUGACCUUGGGUAUACCAAUUUUUCACUGUUAUGGUCACAAAGCUUCAUGUCAGAUCAAGUAUUCACCAAGACGUAUUGAUGGAAUUGGUCUCACAGAUGGUGAGGGUACUGAGAGGCUUUGGGCUUUCCUUCGUGACUAUUCUAGGAUAACAAAGGAAAUGGCAGCAGAUAAAAGAAUUGAUGUCCUUACUGAUGGUCUUUUGCACUACGGAGAUCAACUCCGUGAAAAGUUUGGACCUUCGUUGAAGAGAAAGUUUAGACGAAGUAAAGAAAUUCUCCAAAACUCAACUGAAAAAAUUGAUUCCCUGUGCAAGUCUUUGUCAGAACCUGUUACAGAGCAAGAUAUUGAGAUGUGGAUUGAGGCAGAAGUGUCAACUGAAAGCAGUGAUGAAGAGCUGGAAUGGGAUGAGAAGUAUGUUGAAAGCCUUAGCACUGCAAACGAUCUUAAGUUUAAAUUGCAGUCCAAUUCUGAGAUUAAUGCUCAGGAAGUUGAAUCAAUAAAGAAACAGUUACAGAGGCUUGAGAAGUUGCAAACAUCUAUUGAGAGGCAACAAGGAAUUCAAAGGAAGUGGACUGUGGCAAGUUCUUUGUACAAAGAAGUUCUUGCUCGCCUCAAGCUUAAACAAGGGUGUCAGUUACUCAAAAAACUACACCACCUAGCAGCGGAACGGAUUUUUGUUCUGGAAAUGAAGAAAAAGUAUGCAGAUGGACAAGCUAUUGCUAAAAAGCUGAACAAAGAACUUACCAAGAUAACAGCCAGUGUCAAACUGCUCAUACCCCAACUGAAAGCUUUGAGAACAGCUCAGUUUGGUGAUCUGUCAGAUGAUGAAGUUUUUGUUAUAGUGAAAGAUCCGCAAUCAACCAUUUACAGUGCAGUCAACGUGGAUCCUCAACGUAACACCCUAGCCCAUUCUACAAAAAUACAAAUCAUAAAUGUGUUUUUGUUGAAAAAAAGGGCCAACGAAGAAAUCAUUCUUCUUAAAGCAGAGGUUGAAAGGUUUCAGACCUUUCUUUCUGAGGAAGUUCAGAAAGUUGAUUCUUGGAUCGAUAAGGCUUCCACUCAAAAUAAUCCAAGUCACAAGAACCUUCUUCUAGUGAAGAGAGCAUCCUUAAUCCAAGAACUAGCAAGCCUGCAAAGACUUUGGAAGGAAGAAGUCUUGUUUGAAACAGAUUAUGAAGAAUUGCUGAAAAGAAUUUUGGAUGGAAGUGGAGAAUCAACACUGUCUUUACUUGAAGAUGAAGCUGCAAAUGAUAAUGAUGAUGUUGAUGAUGUCAGUAGUGUUAGGGAUGAAACUGAAGCUGAUGAGAACGAACAAACAGACAAUCUAGAUCAAUGAUGGUGCAUUUUCAUUGUAAAAAUUGUUGUUAUGAUAAUAAUAAGAAGCCAUUUGGUGACGAUGCAUAGUCGAUACCUCAUAAAAGAUGAUAUUUUAUAACUAUAAUUACUAACUCACAUGAAUAUUAUAACAACAUGACUUAAGUGAAACAUUUGGGCCAAUACAAUUGCAGCUUCCAUUGUAAUGCAAUAAAACCUCUUGUUCAGAGAACCUAGAUUUUUUUCAAGUCAGCUUGAACAGGUUCCUAGUAUAUAAAUGGUGCUUGACUGAAAAUCAGGUUCGCUAGGUUCUUAAAUAGGUUUCUUAAUUCUCGCUAAUAAAAAGUGUACUUGUAUAAAUGA